AUGUUGACGAUUAUUUUCCUUCUAGUUUCAGAGCCCACCAUGAAGAGACUCCUGGUGCUUUGUGACUGCCUCUGGGCCUGGAGCCUCCUUCUGAAUGCACUGACUGAAAGAAGCUAUGGACAAGCCUCAUCACAAGAUGAACUUAAAGACAACACCACAGUAUUUACCAGAAUAUUGGAUCGUCUGCUGGAUGGUUAUGACAACCGUUUGAGACCAGGACUGGGAGAGCGUGUAACUGAAGUGAAGACUGACAUCUUCGUCACCAGUUUUGGGCCUGUUUCAGACCAUGAUAUGGAAUACACCAUAGAUGUAUUUUUCCGACAAAGCUGGAAAGAUGAGAGAUUAAAAUUCAAAGGACCUAUGACUGUUCUCCGGUUAAAUAAUUUAAUGGCCAGUAAAAUUUGGACACCUGAUACCUUCUUCCACAAUGGAAAGAAGUCAGUGGCUCAUAACAUGACGAUGCCAAAUAAACUAUUACGAAUUACAGAGGAUGGGACAUUGCUAUACACAAUGAGAUUGACUGUGAGAGCAGAAUGUCCAAUGCAUUUAGAAGACUUUCCUAUGGAUGCACAUGCUUGCCCCUUGAAAUUUGGAAGCUAUGCUUAUACCAGAGCAGAGGUUGUGUAUGAAUGGACACGGGAACCAGCAAGGUCAGUGGUUGUGGCUGAAGACGGCUCGCGGUUGAACCAAUAUGAUCUGCUUGGACAAACUGUGGACUCUGGAAUUGUUCAGUCCAGUACAGGGGAAUAUGUUGUUAUGACUACACAUUUUCAUUUGAAAAGAAAGAUAGGUUACUUCGUCAUCCAGACUUAUCUGCCGUGCAUCAUGACAGUGAUACUGUCACAGGUGUCCUUCUGGCUUAAUAGAGAAUCUGUUCCAGCAAGAACUGUAUUUGGAGUGACAACUGUCCUGACAAUGACUACUCUGAGCAUCAGCGCAAGGAAUUCGCUCCCCAAGGUGGCCUAUGCCACUGCCAUGGAUUGGUUUAUAGCCGUGUGCUAUGCCUUUGUGUUUUCUGCACUCAUCGAAUUUGCCACAGUGAAUUACUUCACAAAGAGAGGCUAUGCAUGGGAUGGCAAAAGCGUCGUUCCUGAGAAGCCAAAGAAAGUGAAGGAUCCUCUCAUUAAGAAAAAUAACACGUACACAGCUGCAGCUACGAGCUACACCCCUAAUAUUGCAAGGGACCCUGGGCUGGCAACCAUUGCUAAAAGUGCAACGAUUGAGCCCAAAGAAGUUAAGCCAGAAACAAAACCUGCAGAACCCAAGAAGACUUUUAACAGCGUCAGUAAAAUUGAUCGACUAUCAAGAAUAGCAUUCCCAUUGCUUUUUGGAAUCUUUAACCUAGUCUAUUGGGCAACCUAUUUAAACCGGGAGCCUCAGUUAAAAGCUCCGACUCCACACCAAUAACCUCAUUUAUUCAUAUUGUUCUGUUUUGUCUUUUGCUCUGGGAGUUGCUUUCUGUUUUCAUAUACAGUAAUUCCCAUUUGCUUCAUUGCCUCUGUCUAAAAGACAAUAAAGAUUUCUUUAUUUAACUAAAGGUAAAAUAAUAACUGUAUAUUUUAAAAAUCUGUGUAAGGGAGAGAAAAAUAUAAGCUAUAUACUUUGGAAAAGUGAUUCUGACAAAUGGGAAAGAAAGAAUGGUAGAGUACUGAAAGAAAAAAAAAAAAAC